AUGUCGACCGCCGAGCUCGCAACCUCCUACGCCGCCCUCAUCCUCGCCGAUGACGGUGUCGAGAUCACUGCCGACAAGCUCAACUCCCUCAUCCAAGCGGCCAAAGUCCCUGACGUCGAGCCCAUUUGGGCCACCCUGUUCGCCAAGGCUCUCGAAGGCAAGGAUGUGAGGGAUAUGCUCAUGAACACUGGCGGUGGCGGCGCUGCUGCUCCUGCGGCGGCUGCUGCUGCGGGUCCCGCUGCGGGUGGUGCGGCGCCUGCUGCUGAGGAGGCUGCGCCGGCGGCGGAGGAGAAGAAGGAAGAAGCCAAGGAGGAGUCCGACGAGGACAUGGGCUUCGGUCUAUUCGACUAAGCGCGCAAUGCUACUGCUGAGGUCUGUGGGCAU